GCGAACGCAUUUAUUCCCUGACAAGCCCCCCAUCACAUGGAUGGUUGUCUAUUAACUUGUUCAAAAAAGUAUCAGGAGUUGUCAAGGCAGAGAGAGAGAGAGAGAAAGACAGAGAGAGAGAGUGAAAGAGAGAGAGUGUGUGUGUUUGGGGGGGAAAAAAAACAAAACAAAACAAAGGAAGGAAAAGGGGACAGAGGCUUCUGCUGGCUCUUUAAGACGAAGAGAUACAGAGAAGGGGGGAAAACGAGGAAAGAAUAGGGAAAGAAAGGAGGGGAAACGGACCAAGAAGAAGUUUCUCAAUCAAGCCUCUCCGAGUCGUCUUUGUUAUGAUUCUCCUUGAGUAAUCGUCCAGGGCUGCUGGCAGAGAGAGAGAGAGAGAGAGAGAGAGAGAGGAAGAGCCCGGUGCUGGUCCGGCCGGGGGAGGCUCUUUCUUCUGGGGGGGGAGAUCUCCCCUCCCUUCCCCCUCCCCGAGAAGACAAGUCCAGCUCGGGACACUCGCUCGCCCCUCUCGGCGGCUGCUCGCUCGCGGGCGCGCUGAUCCCCCCUCUUAUUGACGCCUUUUUGGGACGAUUUCGCUCGGUUUGGGCGGCCGUCGGACUUCGCUUCCUCUCCCUCUGCGCGCCUCCGGGGUCCGCGCGCGGGGGUUCAGCCGCCGGCGCCCCCGAAGCCUCGGGGUGGUUCCCCCCCGCCAGCCUCGCCACCAUUUCCGAGACCUGCCCGCCGCCGCCGCCGCCGCCUCCAACUGCUGCGCGCCCCCCUUUCCCCAGAAGAAGCCGUUUGAAUGUACAACAUGAUGGAGACCGAGCUCAAACCUCCCGCCCCCCAGCAGACGCCGGGGGGAGGCACGGGGGGGAACAGCAACGCGGGGGCCAACAGCCAGAAGAACAGCCCCGACCGGGUCAAGCGCCCCAUGAACGCCUUCAUGGUGUGGUCGCGGGGCCAGCGGCGCAAGAUGGCCCAGGAGAACCCCAAGAUGCACAACUCGGAGAUCAGCAAGCGCCUCGGGGCCGAGUGGAAACUUUUGUCCGAGGCCGAGAAGCGGCCCUUCAUCGACGAAGCCAAGCGGCUCCGCGCCUUGCACAUGAAGGAGCACCCGGAUUAUAAAUACCGACCCCGGCGGAAAACCAAGACGCUGAUGAAGAAGGAUAAGUACACGUUGCCCGGCGGCUUGCUGGCCCCGGGCUCCAACUCCAUGGCCGCCGGGGUGGGCGUCGGGGCCAGCCUCGGCGCGGCCGGCGUCAACCAGCGCAUGGACAGCUACGCGCACAUGAACGGCUGGACCAACGGCGGCUACGGGAUGAUGCAAGAGCAGCUCGGCUACCCGCAGCACCCGGGCCUGAACGCCCACAACGCCGCCGCCGCCGCCGCCGCCGCCGCCGCCCAGAUGCAGCCCAUGCACCGCUACGACGUGAGCGCCCUCCAGUACAACUCCAUGAGCGGCUCGCAGACGUACAUGAACGGCUCGCCCACCUACGGCAGCAUGUCCUACUCCCAGCAGGGCACCCCCGGCAUGGCCCUGGGCUCCAUGGGCUCGGUGGUCAAGACGGAGGCCAGCUCCAGCCCGCCCGUGGUCACCUCCUCGUCCCACUCCAGGGCGCCUUGCCAAGCGGGCGACCUCCGGGACAUGAUCAGCAUGUACCUCCCCGGGGCCGAAGUGCCCGAGCCGGCCGCCCCCAGCAGACUGCACAUGGCCCAGCACUACCAGAACGCCCCCGUGCCGGGGACGGCGAUAAACGGCACGCUCCCG